AUAACUAAAAAUCAUUUCUCUCUUCUCUAAGCUGACCUGAAUGAAUUUAUAAGCGCCAAACCCCCCUGCCAUUCUGUUCAUCGGCUCGUCAACAAAACCAACUAAUUUAUUCAUUUUCGAUUCUCUUCAGGAAUCCAACAAUAGUUACAUCGAUCUCCUUCUAUCUUUAUCUGCCAGAAUUUGAUCGAAUUAUCGAAAUCUGUCAGGUUGAUUUUGGGUUUCGGCGAAUUGAAGAAUGGACAUUGACCAAAUAUUCGGAGAGUCCAGGGCGGUAUGUCCUCCGACAAAGAGCGCGAUCUACGUGUGGGGCUACAACAGCUCCGGCCAGACCGGCCGGAAGGGAAAAGAUACGAGCUUGCGGAUCCCAAGGAGCCUGCCGCCUGGCCUAUUCGGGUGCCCGGCUGCGGGAGGAAACUCACGGUGGCUGGACAUUGCUUGUGGCCGCGAGCACACGGCGGCCGUCGCCUCGGACGGCACUCUAUUUACGUGGGGAACUAAUGAAUUUGGACAAUUGGGCGAUGGAACUGAAAGUAGUAGGAAACACCCAGGCAAAGUGAAGCAAUUGCAAUCUGAAUUUGUGUUAUCUGUUUCAUGUGGAGCACACUGCACAGCUGCCAUUGCAGCGCCCCGUGAGAACGAUGGGUCGAAGUCAACUAGGAGACUCUGGGUCUGGGGACAAAACCAGGGCUCCAAUUACCCACGUCUAUUUUGGGGCGCCUUUGCUCCUGAUGUGAUUAUUCUCCAAGUUUCAUGUGGGGCUGUUCAUGUUGUGGCUCUAUCAGAGGACGGUGCAAUGCAAUCAUGGGCUACACCUGGGGACUAGGAAAUGUGGGCCAGCUAGGUCAUUGUUCCCUCCAAUCAGGUGAUAAGGAACUUCUACCUAGGCGGGUGGUUUCCCUUGAUGGUGUAUUCAUCAAGGACAUCUCAUGUGGUGGUGUCCACACAUGUGCUCUGACUACCAAAGGGGCUCUUUAUACCUGGGGUGGAGGUCAGGCUGGGCAGUUGGGCCUUGGGCCAGUCUCGGGCUUUUUCUCUUGCAAACUCGACGAGUCAGAAAUGAUGCUUAGGAAUAUACCCGUUCUGGUUAUCCCAUCUGGUGUGCAACUUGUUGCAUGUGGACAUUCUCACACAUUAAUUUUUACAAAGGAUGGAAGAAUUCAAGGAUGGGGCUACAAUAGCUACGGCCAAGCGGCUAAUGAUAAAUCUACAUAUGCUUGGUAUCCUUCUCCUGUUGAUUGGUGUGUAGGAGAAGUCAGGAAGCUGGCAGCUGGCGGGGGCCAUUCUGCAGUGCUGACAGAUGCGUGUUCGUUGAAGGAAUUAUGCGAGUUUCGCCUUGCUGAAAUUGUGAAUCUUGCCAACGCUUAUGAAAUUGAGGAUGUUGCAUCAAGAACAGGGUGCGACUCGCUAGCUCGCCUUUGCAAAAGAUUAAGGGAGCAUAUGCUCGAUGGGGGCGAUCAUUGCUUCGCCGAUGAAGAGCUUGAUCUGUGAAGCAGCCUGACCCACAAUGACACAAUGUAGGAUUAUUGUUUGUUGAAAAUUAUACGUACAGUUGAUUGUAUAUUUAUAGCAUAUUCUCAUCGCAUGUUUCUUAGACAAAGAAAGUGAAGAACUUUGUGUAUUCAAAGCUCAAGACUUGAUUAGUUGUAAAUGUUGCAGGAUGAAUAAAAAGUUGUUUGGGAG